UGAGCACAUAAAAGGGUGCAGGACCGUUUAGAUGGUUAUUAUUUGAGACUGAACUUUUUACGAGAUAUAUACUUGCGCGCUCCCGUGCCAAAGCUCCCUGCGAUCAGGACCAUGGAGAGCUCCAGUCUGUGGACGCGGAUGGCUGUGUGCGCCGUGCUGCUUUGCUUGGUUACAAGUGCAAGAGCGAACGACCCAGACCCAGAUGUAGAGGUUGAAAUGGACACACGAGCCAUCAGAGACUUCUACCCAAAAGACCCAAACCUAACAAAUGAAAAACAGCUUCUUGGGGCUUUGCAAGAAGUUCUGGAAAAGCUGCAGACGAAACGAAUUCCACCUUGGGAGAAGAAAUUUGGUCAAGUUCCCAUGUGUGAUUUGGGAGAACAGUGCGCUAUCAGAAAAGGCUCUCGGAUUGGCAAGAUGUGCGACUGUCCGCGCGGAGCGUUCUGCAACUUUUUCUUGUUAAAGUGUUUGUGAGGAUUUUUCACAUUGCGGAAUUGAUUGGGAUGGGGAUGAGGGGUUGCAUAUGCAUUAUAUAACAUAAAUUAUUGCAUUUUUAUUUAUAUUCCUAUUUUUUUAAGUGCGGCAACACUGAAAGUUGUACUGUAAAUCUCUGUGUUGUAUGUGAUAGGCUAAACGUGUAAUUGUCACAUUUCAUUUUAAUCUACUGUUUUGUGCAUUAAAGUGCAAUAUAAAUUGUUUUGUAAA